AUGUUUAGACUUGGUCAGUAUUUACUCAUUUUGUCAGUAAUUUCUAUAUUGCUCAAAUCAUGUGAUGCGAGUUUCUUAAAUUCGACAUGGAACAAAAUUGUACAACGAGUAACAAGUGGUUUACAUUUUUCAGAGUAUUCUACUUUGAUUUAUAUUUAUUGAUAUAUAACUGGCUCAGAAGUUGCAUUCUAGAUACGGAAAAUCUUCGUGAAGUAUUCUAUCCAAGUGAAUAUGAUGAUAUAUAAGUUGUAAUAUGAUUUUGAUGUAAUUGCAUAAAUCAAGUAAAUCAAGUACACUAUAACUAUUAACUAGUUCUAAA